AUGAAUCAUUCGUCUUUCCCAUGGGGAAAGGAAAGGAAGUGUGUCCACGUGGCGGCUCCUGAACCUUAUACCUCAGAAUCUCAGCAAAAGGUUAAGAAACAGGAGCUCUCUUUCUCUCCCUUACAUUUUAGACAGCAAGUUAUGGAUUUGAAGGACAACAGGAUAGAGUUUAUCAAGCCAAAAAUGGAUGAGAACAAUGAGAACAUAGAGCCAGUGACUGAUUUGGGGCUUGCUCUGAGUUAUUCUAAUCAGUGUAUUCAGAGCAGUCUGAACAGUGAUUCAGGUGCAGGUGCAAAUGCAGGUUCAGUGUUAGGCAUGACAUUUGUGGCCACCGAGCCCCUGUCAGAGUUAGUCUGGUCUACAGAUAAAGGUCCAAGCAAUGUGACUCUUUCACCACAGAGCACUACAGGUGGGAGGUCUGCUGCUGAGAAGCCUAUAGAUGAAGAUAAUUUUAUAACCUCAGAUACAUCAUUUCGUGUGAAGAGUGAAGCUGCUGGUAAAGAAGCUUUGACUACAUCACCAACAAGUGAUGCUGGAAUCAUUCUGGCAUGUGGGUCGAGCCAUGAAUAUGAGACAGAAACCGUUGCUAACGUGGAGGAAGUGAAAACAUCUGGUGAAGUAUCUAUUUUGCAUAAACAGGUGGACACUUGCAGUCCAAUAAAUUUUGAAGUAGAUGAAAUACCUGAGAUGCCUGAAACAGGAGAAAUUUUAUUUACAACAUUGCCAGGUGAUGUUGACAGAGAAAGGGAUAAUAUGAUGAUGAAAUCAGAUCAAUUAAUACCUUUUGUGAGGCAAAGUGAACCAUCAUUGGGGGAACCUGUCAGUGAAAACAUGCAUGCUGAUGAUGGAAAUCUGAAUAGAGAAAUGGAUUUUAUUUUGACCUCCAAAGCCUACCUAGUAAAUGAAAGUAAAGAUUCCAGUGCUUUAGUGGCAGAUCAAAGUUCCCAAGGCAGAAGGCCGUUGGAAAAACUGGAGUCAACUGCUGAUAAUGAUAUACAAAAGCUGACAAAUGAAAUUGCUUAUGGUGCAGCAAGUCAGAAAUUAGGAUCAGAAUACCUUCUGUGGGAUAAAGAAAGCUUUGAGAAUGUUGAGGAGUUGCUUCCAGCAAACAACUCUGCUCUGGAUAAACACUCUCCGACUAACAGUAGAAACCAUAAACAUCGAAGGAAAGGCAAGGAAAAAGCUUUAUCUGACGAAAAUCUUAGUGGGAGAAUGUCCAAGAAAGCUUCAUCUGAUGAAGAUCUUAGUGGGAGAAUGUCAAAAGAAGAGGAUGAUAGCCAUGAGAGUGUUGAGAGCUGUAACAGUGCCAGGUUAGUGCCCUCAGGCAAGAAGAGGUGGGGAUUUGAUGAACAGUUUAUUGUUGGGAGUAAAAGAUUCAGGAAGCAAAUUCAAGAAACACCGGGUUGCACUUCCUAUGUUAAACAAGAUAGCUCCUUCAUGAAUUGGAUAUCUUCCAUGAUGAAGGGUUUCAAAAAAUCAAUACAGGAUGAAGCACUACCUCUUUCUGCUGUACAUCCUGAUCAUCCAAGUGAGAGUUCUGAUAAGAAACUUAUCACAUACAACAAGAACCAAGAUGCCGGAAUAAAAAGUAUUGGUUUCCAGUCAAUUUUCCAGUCCUUGUAUUGCCCUAGGGAAGAGGACAAGGGAACAAGAAUGUCGAGUGGUAAUAAUGAAAAAGGAGAAAGAUAUGAGGAACUGGAGCAAGCUAUUAUUCCAAAAGUUUUUCAUGGGGAGAAAAUGCAUCUAAGAAAAGGAUGUCUGCUGCCUGUUGGAAAGUUCAGUGAAUCUACAAGCAGAAAUGAAGUAGGUUCAGCAAUCCAACCUGAGAUUUUAUCUGCAAAAGUUGCCAGUAGUCAGGAGAAAUGCAAGAAUACUGAUUCUGUGGAGAACAAAUAUGCAUGCAACUUGGAGUAUGGUAAAACUGAAGGAGGAGUUGGCUCUAGCUCUUCUCUCAGAAAACGUAAGAAAGAAAGUGCCGAGCAUGUUGAAUCUGACCCACAGUCUGAGGGGAAGACAACUGAGAAGUUUGUUCAUGGAAGAGACCUUCUGGGAAGUUUGUGGGUAACUCGUUUCACUCCAAAAAUAUCAGCUCCAUCAUUUAUGUCAGAUCGUUACAGUGUUGGUGCAGUUCUUGACUGUUCCAUUGACAAGAACAAUGUGCUGGUGAGGGAGCAGUCAGUUGAAGAUAUAGUUGUUGUCUCCGCCAAUGAGCUACAGGACUGUGCAGCAGACAGUGCAGGCUCACUUGCUUUUAAUAGAAACGAAGGCCAGAGUAAUGAGACGUCAGCUUCCAAACUAAAUCCAAUGGUUUCUGCCCCCAAGUUUGGAGGUUCUGAAGCAAUGGCUUCUGUCUUUGCUAGGAGAUUAGAUGCUCUUAAGCACAUCACACAAUCUGGCAUAACAGGUAAUGCUGCUGAUAAAAUCAUAACCUGUUUAUUUUGUGGCAUAAAAGGUCACCAUCUGCGAGAGUGUUCAAAGAUAAAAGAUACUGAACUUCAGGGUUUACCAAGUAAAUUCAAGUCUUAUAAUGGAGCAGAGUACCUGUCUUGUUUCUGCAUUAGAUGUUUAGAAUGCAGUCAUUGGGCUGUUGCAUGUCCUAAUGUGAAUUUGGGACGACCUCAAUUGGAAUGUAAUGUGUCUAAUUACUGCAGUCCUAGUCAAACCAAGCUUAACGCAGAAGGAAAUAUGAAGCUCAUAAUUAGUACAGUGAGUGGAUCUCAAGCUUCUGUGGAUCAGGAUGACUCAAGAGUGGAGACAGAUCUUAAUUGGAGCGGGAAAUCAUAUGUAACCUCUAAGAAAAUGAGACAUUCUUCAAAUUCAGUUAAGAAAUACAGUGUCUCAAGCUCUGGGAAAAAUAAGAUAAAAGAAAAACAGUUCAUCGCUUUGUCACAGUUUGUCCAGAUGCCUGUUAAAGAUGUACCUAAAGGAAUCUCUGACUCUGUUAAAAGGCUUCGGUUAUCUCGCACAGAUGUCCUGAAAUGGAUGAGCUCUCAUACCUCGCUCUCGAAUCUGGAGGGAUUUUUCUUGCGCCUGCGGCUUGGAAAAUGUGAAACAGGACUAGGUGGAACUGGAUACCAUGUGUCAUGCAUAACUGGCACAACAGGUUCACAGAGCGAAAGUCAUCCACAGAAUGCCAGAAACUCUAUAUCUGUCAGUGUUGGGGGGAUUAGAUGUGUGGUUGAGACCCAGUAUGUAUCCAACCAUGAUUUCCUUGAGUACUACCUAUGCUCUGGUCUGUAACGGUUCACUGCUAUAAGGAUGAAGCAUACAUGAUCGAAA